AGCAAGUCUUGCGGAUGAGACAAGACAACAAGAAUCUAGAAGCAAUCAAUUGAUUGCACUUGGAAAAAUGCCUCCUAAUUUAUUUCCCUUUCUUUACCGGACCCGGACUCUGCAACGGGCUUGCAGACGUCCCACUUCAUUUUUCCUCGUUCAACGAGCUUCCCUUGCUACUCGACCCAAGGAUUCCAACCCAAACCCCAACAGGGCCGACAGUUCUAUUCCCUUUGAAUGGGACAAUGAGGAGCACGCCAAGGGCCAUGAAUCUACCCUCGCAGCUGAGGCGAAGCCCUCGACAAUCACCCCAAGUGAAGUGGAUAUCUUCAAAGGCAUCUUUGAUGAGAUUGCUCAAGGCCGCAUGCCAAAGCCGAAGAGACGGCCUGAGUUUCCCGAUACAAGGGCGAAUCGGUUCCCACCAAGUUUGAUAGAUGGUGCCGACUCUGACGCAUCGGGUGACCAGCCGAUGGCCAGCUCUAUCGUCGACCAAGCUCGUGGCAGUGAAUUCAGCGACCAGUUCCUGCAGCGCUACCCUCAGUCCCUGCGGACCGCCGCUGAAGUGGCUCUGGGCAAGUUUGAGCUGGCGCCGAAACGCCCACGACUCAGCGACAUGAUUGGGUUGGAUGAGGCAGAAGCCAAGCAGAUGGCCGAGUGGAAGCGCUAUGGCGAGAUCCGCAACCAGGAGAAGGAGAGAGUGGAUGCGUUGAUGACGGCCUGCCGGAGCGAUAUCGAGCUGUGGCACGUCAUGGAGAAGGAAGUAUUUUCUCUGCCGGAGAAACUUGGUAUUGCUCAGGUUGCUGAGGUGAAGUCGGCAAUUAGUCGGGGGAGGAAACCGAAGAAGCAGACUGCGAAGGAAGCCAGCACGGAACAGCCCGAGAAGCCGGCCACGAAACGGGGGAAGAAGUCGAAGAAGCAGGCCAGCACUGAACAGCCAGAGCCAGUAGCGGUGCCCGAUAGUGAAGAGCCCGGCACCAUGAUUAUGGACGUCCAUGGACCUCUUUACCCUCACUACCUUGCCACUGGGCUUGGUCUUUUCGACACGGCCUUCGCCCAGCCGUCGCCCCUGGCAUUCAACAUCCUCCCUCGCAUCAGGUCGCUUGGCCUACCCUCCUACGUGCUGGGAAUCUCUACGCCCCUGUUCCAUAAGCUUGCCCAAAUCCACUGGAACCGCUACGGCGAUCUUGUCUCUGCUGUUGAGACCAUGGAGGAGAUGAGGUCGGUCGGGCUCUAUUCUGACCCCGACAUCGAAACCCUUCUCACGCAAAUCCGCGAACAACUCCAUGGUUGCGCUUGGGGUGCGCAGGGUCGCUUCGUCAUGGCAAUGACCGAGCUGCCUCCCUACGACAGCAGCCUGGACAACCGACUGGAGGAGCUCGCCAACUACACCAUCUUCUCAUUCAAGCAGCAGGGUCUUCAGAUACACCAACGACAGGAGGAUGAGAUGGAGCUGGACCUGGGACUUGAGGAAGACGAGGGUGAGGGUGAGGGCGAGGGCGAGGACGACAGGAAGCAACACUCUUACUGAGAGUAUCGGGAGAGAUGUACGACUGGAUGAAGAACUUUGUAACACUGAUGUAUCACCACAAAAAGGAAUUGGGUCGGAGUUUAAGGGAGAACUACGUGUAAAUCACCACUGGCUGUGGCCAAACUGUAUUCUAGAUAGACCUGUAUGAAACCCAAAGACGACACGCUGG